AUGUCAACAGCACCUGUAUACAACUCAUCUGAGCCUGCCGGAGGUAACCCUCUGAAGGUCGACGUCAACGCGCAGUAUGCAGGUCUCGAGUUCAACUAUGUCUACCUCGCGGUCUGCUCGUUCCUCGUCUACUUGAUCAUCCCUGGUAUCGGCCUGCUCUAUGGUGGCCUAGCGCACAAGAAGAGUGGUCUGUCCCUGCUGUUCCAGAGCAUGAUGGUCGUUGCCCUCGUCACGUUCCAGUGGAUGUUCUGGGGCUACUCUCUUGCCUUUUCCCGCACUGCCGGCCCCUUCAUUGGCGAUCUAGCCAACUUUGGUCUGAGAAACGUCUCUGCUGCACCUUCUCCUGGCAGUGCUGUUCUGCCCGAAAUCGUCUUCUGUCUGUAUGAGCUUCUCUUUGCUGCUUGUACAGUGCAGAUCGUCGUCGGAGGUGCCUUCGAACGUGGUCGCAUCCUUCCCUCGCUCAUCUUUGCCUUCUGCUGGUGCACCAUCGUCUACUGUCCCAUUGCUUGCUGGACAUGGAACGCAAAUGGUUGGCUCUUCAAGCUCCCUUCCCUUGAUUAUGCUGGUGGCGGUCCCGUUCAUAUCGCUUCCGGAUGGGCGGCUUUGGCCUAUGCUUUGGCACUCGGACAGAGAACAUCCAAGGAACACCACGCAAAGCACAAGCCUCACAACUCGACCUUGGUCUUUGUCGGCACUGUUCUCAUUGUCUUUGGUUGGUUUGGCUUCAACGGAGGCAGUGCUCUCAAUGCCUCGGUUCGUGGUAUGAUGGCUGCUUUCAACACCCAGGUCGCUGCUUCGACUGGUGUCCUCGGUUGGGUGCUCGUUGAUGCCAUCCGCCAUAAGGGACGCUUCUCGGUUGUUGGCGCUUGCGAGGGAGCGAUUGCUGGCCUGGUGGGUAUCACUCCCGCUGCUGGUUAUGUCAACCCUUGGCCCGCAGCCGUGAUUGGCUUCGUGACAGCCAUCGUUUGCGCUCUCCUGCAGGAUAUCAACGACUGGCUUCGCAUCGACGACGGUCUCUAUGUCUUCAAGCUUCACGGCAUCGGUGGCAUGGUGGGCUCUUUCUUGACCGGCAUUUUCGCCAACCAGGCCAUUUCCGCUCUCGAUGGUGUUACUCUUGCUCCUGGUGCUUACAAUGGUAACGGUAUUCAGGUUGGCAAGCAGUUCGCCGAGAUCACAGCCAUCUCUGCAUACUCGUUCAUUGUCAGCUACAUUCUGCUCAUGAUUAUCAAGUACAUCCCAGGCAUGCACUUGCGUGUGGACAAGGAGGCUGAGAUCAGAGGUCUCGACCUUGACCAGUUCUUUGAUGAAGAGAUGGACCACUGGGACCUCAGCCCGGCCGGUAUCGAUGUCAUGCAGUCCGAGCAGACGACCUACACUCACGGCGUCCCCGAGACUCGCGAGGGAUCUCUGACUCCCAACGACGUUACUGCCGCCGAGAAGAAGUAG